UGUGCUGGGGCUGCCCUCCCUCAUUAAGGGGGUAACUGAGGUCCAUCCCUGGAAGGCAUUACAGUGUGAGGUCAUCCACGUACACUCUGACGUCACGCUCACCCGGUUGGAGGGGUUCACGGGAGCGGGCGUGGCCCCGGAAGUCGGCUCCUCCCAUCAUGGCCGCGGAGUCGGCCGGCGCCCGUGUGGCUCCCCGGGGCCCCCGCUACUCGCUGCGGGACGGCCUGUGGCUGCUGGCCGCGCUGCUCGUCUUCUUCUCGGACGGGGCGUCGGACCUGUGGCUGGCGGCCGAUUACCUGCAGCGGCGGCGGCUCAGCUGUUUCUGGCCCACCGUGCUCCUGGCCCUACUGCCCUCCCUGCUUACCCAGAGCCUGAGCCUCAGCUGGGCCCUCAGCGACCGCGGAGCCCCGGACCCCUCCAGCACCCGCCGCUGCCGCCUGGGAACCUGGAUCCUGCAGGGCACCGCCCACCUGCUGCAGCUCGGCCAGGUCUGGAGGUAUCUCCGAGCUCUCUUCCUGGGUCUGCAGAGCCGUUGGCAGAGUGAGCAGCAGAGCCGCCAUUUUUACUGGCGAAUGAUGUUUGAGAGCGCUGAUAUCAGCAUGCUGCGCCUCCUGGAGACUUUCCUCAAGAGCGCCCCCCAGCUCGUCCUCCAGCUCUGCAUCAUGGUCCAACAGGGCCACGUGGAGCCCCUGCAAGGUCUUUCUGCCUCGGCAUCGCUCCUCUCGCUGGCCUGGAUGAUUGCCUCCUAUCACAAGGUGUUACGAGACUCCCGCGAUGAUAAGAUGCCGAUGUCCUACAAGGGAGCAGUGGUACAGGUGCUGUGGCACCUCUUCACUAUCGCUGCCCGGGCAUUAGCGUUCUCGCUCUUCGCGUCCGCCUUCCACCUGUAUUUUGGGAUCUUCAUCGUCACCCACUGGUGUCUCAUGACGUUCUGGAUCAUCCAGGGCGAGACCGAUUUCUGCAUGUCACGCUGGGAGGAGAUCAUCUACAACAUGGUGUUGGGAAUCAUCUACAUCUUCUGCUGGUUCAACGUGCGAGAGGGUCGGACCCGCUGCCGCAUGACCAUAUAUUAUGUCAUCGUGCUGACCGAGAACGCCGUGCUCACGGGUCUGUGGUACGCCAACCACGGCGAGCUGUUCAGUGACUUCUCCGCUCUGCUCAUCGCCUGCACGGUUCUCUGCAGCUUUGCUUUCGGGGUUUUCUUCAUGCUUAUUUAUUACAGUCUUCUGCACCCCAAUGGGCCAAUGUUUGGCCAACCCAGUAGCAACUGCGUGUUCACAGAGGAACCCGAAACCUCCCGGGUCCCUCCCACUGAAGGUUCUGAGAGCCUCCCUCGUACCCUACCCCGGACUACAGGGCAAGAGAGGGAAUGGGUACCAGGGGACAGGGACAGUUGUGGCCCCGUCUUCCAAGUACGUUCUAGUGUUCCACAUACUCCGGUGACACGCGUUCCCCGGGCGACGGGGCCCGUCAUUCGUAUAGAUCUUCCACGCAAAAAGUAUCCGGCUUGGGAUGCUCACUUUAUCGACCGUCGUUUGCGGAAGACCAUUCUGGCACUGGAAUAUUCCUCCCCAGCUACACCUCGUGUUCAGUAUCGAAGUCUAGGGGCCCCUCAGGAGCUUACUGAGUAUGAGACCACAGUGUGACCCUCUUCUCCUACCACAAAAUUAGGAGACGGACUGAAGGUCAUUCUUCAAAGCCUGGAAGUUUGGAUUGGACCCAAAGAUGGCGACUGGGGCAGUAGUGGUUGGGGGUCACAAGAAGCCACAGAGUGUCAGGAGAGGACAGGGGACGGAGUGGAGAA